AUGAAAGAUUUAGGAGAGUUGAAAUACUUUCUAGGAAUAGAGUUUGCCAGAUCUGCAGAUGAGAUUAUUAUGCAUAAGAGAAAAUAUGUUUUAGAGAUUAUCUCUGAACUUAGACUUGGAGCAGCAAAGCCUGUAGCUACUCCACUAGAAGUGAAUGCAAAGUUGACUACCAAGGAGUAUGAUGAUCACCUUGGUACUUCAAGUAAUGUUCAACCAAAGAGAUCACAUAUGGAUGCAACACUGAGAGUUGUUAAAUAUGUCAAGAACCAUCCUGGGCAGGGCAUAUUGAUGUCCAACAAAACCACAGGCACAUUGGAGGCAUUUUGUGAUGCAGAUUGGGUUGCAUGCCAACAUUCUAGAACAUCUGUAACAAGUUUCUUGAUCAAGCUAGGUGGUUCAUUAGUGUCCUGGAAAUCUAAGAAGCAGACAACAAUAUCUAGAUGUUUUACUGAAGCAGAAUACAGGAGUUUGGCAGUCACAAUUGCUAAAUUGGUUUUCCUAGUGGGGCUGAUAAAGGAGAUAGGAGUUGAUGUUCAGCUGCCUGUGAACAUUCAUUGUUACAGCAAGGCAGCAAUACAGAUUUCGGCAAAUCCAGAUUUCAAGAACGAACAAAAUAUAUUGAUAUAG